AAGCAGAGAGCUGCCGCUUCCGCGUUGUUCCGUGUUAUUCUGGAUAAUAAGUGUCGUUCGGUGGGUCGAAGCUCGCCUGACAGCCUCGCCGGAGCCGGACUGCCAUGGUUCUGUGAAGCUGAGCCGCAGUCUCAGCCGUCCCCGCCGAAAUGUCGCUGCUGCCGGGCUCCAAGAAGAAAGACAAGCGCAUUCUGUCCGGGAUCUGCCCGGACCCCAAAUGCCAGGCGCGGCUGUUCUUCCCCGCGUACGGCUCCGUUAGCAUCGAGUGCACGGAGUGCGGCCAGCGGCACGAGCAGAAGAGCCUGCUGGGCGUGGAGGAGGUGACGGACCCGGACGUGGUGCUCCACAACCUGCUGAGGAACGCCCUGCUCGGCGUCACCGGGGCCCCGAAGAAGGGGACGGAGCUGGUGAAGGUGAUGGGGCUGUCCAACUACCACUGCAAGCUGCUGUCCCCGGUGCUCACGCGCUACGGCAUGGACAAGCAGACCGGCAAGGCCAAGCUGCUGAGGGACAUGAACCAGGGCGAGAUGUUCGACUGCUCGCUGCUGGGGGACCGGGCGUUCCUCAUCGAGCCGGACCACGUCUCCACCAUGGGCUACGGCAAGGACCGGUCCGGCAGCCUCAUCUACCUGCACGACACGCUGGACGAGGUGAAGAAGGCCAACGGCAACCGCGAGUGCCUCAUCCCGGUCCACGUGGACGGAGACGGGCACUGCCUGGUCCACGCCGUGUCCAGGGCGCUGGUGGGCCGGGAGCUGUUCUGGCACGCCUUGAGAGAGAACCUGAAGCAGAACUUCAAGCAGAACCUGGACCGCUACAAAGCCCUGUUCCAGGACUUCAUCGACGCCGCGGAGUGGGAGGACAUCAUCAACGAGUGCGACCCGCUGUUCGUCCCUCCCGAAGGCGUGCCGCUCGGACUGCGCAACAUCCACAUCUUCGGCCUGGCCAACGUGCUGCACCGGCCCAUCAUCCUGCUGGACUCCCUCAGCGGCAUGCGCAGCUCCGGGGACUACUCCGCCACCUUCCUGCCCGGCCUGGUGGCCGAGGAGCGGUGCCGGGGGAAGGACGGGAAGCUCAACAAGCCCAUCUGCAUCGCGUGGAGCAGCUCCGGGAGGAACCACUACAUCCCUCUGGUGGGAAUCAAGAACACGGUGCUCCCCAAGCUGCCGGCGCGCCUGCUGCCCAAGGCCUGGGGCGUCCCGCAGGAGCUCAUCAGGAAGUACAUCAAGCUGGAGCCGGACGGCAGCUGUGUGAUCGGCGGCGACCGCAGCCUCCAGGACAAGUACCUGAUGAGGCUGGUCAACGCCAUGGAGGAGGUGUUCAUGGAGAAGCACAGCAUCCACCCGUCGCUGGUGGCGGACGUGCACCAGUACGUCUACCGGCGCACCGGCGUGAUCGGCAUCCAGCCCGAGGAGGUGACGGAGGCGGCCAAGAAGUCGGUGAUGGAGAACCGGCUGCACCGCUGCCUGAUCUGCGGCGCCCUGUCGGAGCUGCACGUGCCUCCUGAGUGGCUGGCUCCCGGAGGGAAGCUCUACAACCUGGCCAAGUCCACGCACGGCCAGCUGCGCCCCGACAAGAACUACAGCUUCCCCCUCAACAACGUGGUCUGCUCCUACGACCCCCAGAGGGACGUGCUGCUGCCGGACUACCAGCUCAGCUCCCUCAACACCUGCCACUGGUGCCACGGCACGUCGGUGCGCCACAUCCGCGGCUCCGGCUCCGUGGUCUACCUGGACGGGGACCGGACCAACACCCGCUCCCAGGGGGGGAAGUGUGGGUGUGGCUUCAAACACUACUGGGAGGGGAAGGAGUACGACAACCUGCCCGAAGCCUUCCCCAUCACCCUGGAGUGGGGGGGCCGGCUGGUGCGGGAGACGGUGUACUGGUUCCAGUACGAGGCGGACCCGGCGCUGAACAGCAACGUGUACGACGUGGCCAUGAAGCUGGUCACCAAGCACUUCCCCGGCGAGUUCGGCAGCGAGAUCCUGGUGCAGAAGGUGGUGAACACCAUCCUGCACCACACCGCCAAGAAGAACACCGACGAGUACAACCCGGUGUCCAUCGACGGCGCUCACGCCCAGCGCCUCACCGACGCCGCCGACCCCCAGCCGCCCACCAAGAUCAUCCUGACGGGCCAGAAAGCCAAGACCCUGCACAGAGAGGAGCUGACCAUGAGCCAGGCGGAGCGCGGCGUCCAGCAGAGCGUCAGCGAGCAGGCCGCCGUGUCCCAGAGGAGACGCACCGACCGGCUGAGGCAGGAGCAGCGGGGCGGCGACCGCUCGUCCUCCGGCGGCUCUCCGGAGAACUCGUCCUCCUCCGCUCCGGCCACGCCCACCAAGACCUCCUCGCCGUCCUCGUCCAACAAGGAGAAGAAGAUCCGCGUGACCACCAGCGACGGCCGGCAGGCCAUGCUGACCCUGCAGCCUCUCACCACCUUCCCGGAGCUGCAGAGGAGCAUCGCCAGCCAGUUCGGCGUGGCGCCGGCGCAGCAGAGCAUCCGCUACGGCUUCCCGCCCAGAGAGCUGGCCCGCCCCCGGGACGGCCAGGAGAACGAGCCGGUGGCGCUGCAGCACGGCGACCGGGUGACGGUGGAGAUCCUGCGGGGGCCCGAGGACGGGGGCCCCGCCGCCUCCCUCCCCCGGGCCUCCAGCUCACACUCCGCCCUGCACUCGGCGCCGGACGGCGUGACGGCCGGCCGGACCGGCGGCCGCGAGCUGCAGGACAGCAUCGACCUGGAGGUGUCCUCCCUCUGUCUGCUGGCCACGCUGAUGGGGGAGGAUGUCUGGUCGUAUGCUAAGAAGCUGCCGCACUUGUUCCAGCAGGGAGGCGUCUUCUACAACAUCGUGAAGAAAGACAUGGGCCUGCUGGACGGGAAGCACUGCACGCUGCCCCACCUGGCGGGGAAGACCUUCGUGUACAACGCGGCGGAGGAGCGUCUGGAGCUGUGCGUGGACGCCGCCGGCCACUUCCCCGUGGGCCCCGACGUGGAGGAGCUGGUGAAGGAGGCGCUGCUGACGCUGCGCUCGGAGGCGUCCCGGGGCAGCCGGGAGGGAAGCCCCGCCCACGGCGCGCUGCGGCUGGGCGGCGGCGGCGUCGUCCGCAAGAAGGAGCCGCUGCAGGGCGUCACCGCCUUCCAGGGCAAGGGCCAUUCGCUGGGCGGCGCCGGGGGCUCCUCGCCGCCGGAGCACCGGCCAAUCACCCGCCAGCACAGCAGCGGCGUGGACCUGAGCGCCAGCGUGUCCCGGGGACCCCCCGACCUGUCGGACAUCCCCGAGGACGCCACCCGGGAGCUGGUCCGCAUGGCGCCGGGCGUCGUCACCUCCCGGGACGGCGGCGGCGGCCUGGACCCCGGCCUGAUGGAGCAGCAGCGCCGCCGGCUGCAGGAGAUGGUGUCGUCCAUCCAGGCCUCCAUGGAGCGCCACCUGAAGGAGCAGCAGGGGGGCGGGCCCGGGGGCGGGGCUAAAGACCGGCCGGCCGCCGCCGACGACCACAGACCGGCGGCGGCCGGUAAGGCGGAGGAGCCCGAGGAGAUGGAGAGCCAGGAGGCCGGGCAGAGCAAUGCCACCGAACCCAUGGACCACUCCUGAUUAUAAGCCCCGCCCAUCGCCCCGCCCACCACCCUGCCAAGCCCCGCCCCAUCCGGCCAGCGUCCCAGCGUCUGACGCCUCAGGUCACAUCGCACGCUUCAGUCUUCACCAUGUCCCGCUGUCCUCACUGCAUGAGAGAGAGAGAGAGAGAACGAGAGAGAGGGGGGGCGAAAGAGAGAGAGAGAGAGAGAGAGACGGGGACAGGGCAGACUGUCCUCUGGGACGACAUCCGUGUGUGUGUGUGUGUGUGUGUGUGUGUGUGUGUGUGUGUGUGUGUGUGUGUGUGUGUGUGUGUGUGUGUGUGUGUGUGUGUGUGUGUGUGUGUGGUGUGUGUGUGUGUGUGUGUGUGUGGUUACCUCUGGCCUCCCCUCAUCUGAUGCUGUGUUGCUCUCAGCUGGGUUCUGUCCCCCUGCUGUCCUCCAGCUGGGUUCUGUCCCCCUGCUGUCCUCCAGCUGGGUUCUGUCCCCCUGCUGUCCUCCAAGCUGGGUUCUGUCCCCCUGCUGUCCCCUAGCUGGGUUCUGUCCCCCUGCUGUCCUCCAGCUGGGUUCUGUCCCCCUGCUGUCCCCCUGCUGUCCCCCUGCUGUCCUCCACACUGACAGAAACAUCUUCUCCCAGCAUGGCCUGGGGUCUAGGCAGCAGACCUGGGUCUGGUCCCUGCAGAGGACAGUCCUCCAGCCUCCUGACCGUCUUCCUGGUUGCCUUGUCUCCGUCCGUCCGAGACGUGCAGGGACGCUGUGGACGUGUCGGGGAGCGUAGCCUUGCCUGCUGGAACACUGAGGUGGAGACGGGUCGACACUAAAGAACACCUGAGCGUUCUGCCAUGAGGUCUGGUGGUGCAGAGGAAAGGUUUUGACCGGACCUGUCCAGGACCGGUCCGCUGAGGACAGUCUGCCGGCUGCGUUUGGUUUGAGUUGAACGUCCUCCAGCUCUCCUGUGAGCUGUGCGUCUUUAAGUUUGUCAGACUUCUGAUGAUCUUCUUCAUCUCCUGGUCAGAGCUGCUGCAGCCAGAGAGCAGGCAGACAGGAAGGCCUGGUUUGGAAUGUUAGCCUGCCAGCUUCACUUUUAAAAAGCAAAGCAGUGGCCGAAGACGGGCAGGGUGGAGUCUUCAGAGCUUUGAUGUUUGAUUUAGAGACCUCCUCCACGGCCUCUCACUGACUCCAGCGCUGAAGACAAGCCUGCAGACGUCAAGACGUCCUCUUCCUGUGGACUUCCGGCCCUGUCUCCGCGCUGGUCCUGGGUUCAGUUCGGCUCUUCCUCCGGAGCUCCGUCUGCAGGAGGCAGCUGGACACUAGGACGGCCUGUCUUCGCUGUGGACGUCCCUCCAGUCCUCCAGUCCCUGCUGCUGCGCUCGUCCAAAUGGAAGCAGAGGAGGUUCUGUGUCCUCCUGCUAAGAGGAACCGUUCCUCUUGUGUCCGUCGGAGUAUUUUCUGAUCCGCCUGGAGAGGACAGGAUGCAGGACGGUAGUCUGACCUGGUGGUGUGAACCUGUCUGGGUGUGUGUUGGACAGACGGAGGACAGGAGGCUGGUGCUGAUGGAUAUGGACCCUGGAGUCAGUGAAGCUCAGUUUAAGUGGCGUUAAAAUGUUGAAGCUUAGCUAAAUUUAUUCCAGCGGUCACUAUCAGGACAUUAUUUCUACAUGACGCAGAAGCCAGGGAACACUCCUCCUCCUGGAGGAAGUCUGGAGUUGUGGUUUUAUUUUCAGGCCAGAUCAGCAGCUGGUCCACUGAAUGGUCCAUGUCUGGUGAGGACAGGCCUCCUGGUCCCCAGCUGCUCCUCGUCCUCCAGCCUUUCUCCUGCGUUUGUGUGUUUCGUUGCUUUUUCCUCAGUAAGUUGUGCAGAAGGCCGUUGUGUGUUUCCCCUGCCGCCUUGUGGUUUCUGGCUCAGCUGGUGUGUGUGCUGAGCGGAGGCUGGAGGCCGGUCCAGGCCGGCUGCUCCACCCAUCGGUGCCUUCAAUGCUCACUGGUCAACAUGCUGGGGACUGCUGCCCCUUUUUGUUUGUUUUCAUUUAAAACUUGCGAAACUAUUUCCCAGAGUGUCAAAGUGCAGGACAGGCGUGACGCCGAUGCUGCCAGCGGGAACGCCCCCACGUCUCCCGCUGCGCCCCGAGAGGAGAGAGGGGCGGUGCUGGUGAGGUUCUGCUCGUUCUCCAGGCCUCUUGUUCUUCUGCCUCAUCCUGUCAUUCCCUCUUACCUGGAUGCUCAUAUUUCUUCUUCUUCAAAGAAAAAAAGUCAUUUUCUGGUUUAAGCAACAGCAACAAAAACAUCAGUCUCAGUUUAAAGCUGUGAAUCUAACGUCUGUUUUUCUGUUUUAUUCCGCUCAUUUGAGGGUUUCUUUUUGUUUUUUUGCCGUUGAGGUGAACAAAUGUAAAACUUAGCACUUUGAAGAGGGAGAGGGAACGCGAGCGUAGCACAACCGAAACCGCCGUGGGCAGUCGUCAGGAGGAAGGCCUGCUGGGAUCAGACUGACUGCUGUACUAAUGACAUGAAUUGUAAUCCAGCUGUAUAAUAGUAUAUAUUGUAGUAUAUUUGGACCUGUACAGAAACAGAUUGUUCAGUUCCUUCAGUUGACUUUUUUCUUCUUCCUUUUUUUAAAAAAAAAAAAAAAAAAAAACUUCUCUCUGGUUU